GUACUAAAAACCGUGUUAGGCUGAGAAGCUGCACUGGAUACUUACCCACUGGUAACGGUGCAUUGGCAAUUGCUCUCUCUCUCUCGUAUAUUUUCUCUCUCUUUCUCUCUCUCUCUCUCUCUCUCUCUCUCUCUCACUCACUCUCUCUUUCUCUCUGUUACAUGCACACACAAAGGCUCAAUUGUUUGAUCUCCUUAUGUAAGUGUUGAUCUUUCACUCCGGGGGAAGACUUUGAGUGCAGCCGGUGAGGAGGAUGAGUAUCACAGCCGAAACCCACUCCGUACCCCUGAACGAUGGAAACAGAAUCCCCUUGCUGGGACUGGGCACCUACGGGGAUCCGCAAACAACGCCCAAAGGCACUGCUUACGAGGCCGUGAAGCUGGCCAUCGAAGUUGGGUACAGGCACAUCGACGGGGCCCUGGUGUACUUCAACGAGCACGAGGUCGGCCAGGCCAUACGCGAGAAAAUAGCGGACGGGACCGUGAAGAGAGAGGACAUCUUCUACUGCGGCAAGCUGUGGAACACCUUCCACCCGCCGGAGCUGGUCAGGCCCACCCUGGAGCGGACGUUGAAGGCCCUGCAGCUGGACUACGUGGAUCUCUACAUCAUCGAGCUGCCCAUUGCCUUUAAGGCCCUGGAGGCCUGCAAAGACGCGGGCCUCGUGAAGUCCCUCGGAGUGUCGAAUUUUAACCGCCGUCAGCUGGAGCUGAUCCUAAAAAAGCCGGGCCUGAAGCACAGGCCCGUGUCCAACCAGGUGGAGUGUCAUCCCUACUUCACUCAGCCGAAACUUCUGGAGUACUGUCGCCAGAACGAAAUUGUCAUCGUGGGGUACAGUCCCCUGGGAACCUCCAGAGACGCUUCCUGGGUUAAUCUGAAAAGCCCUCCUCUCUUAGAGGACGCUGUUCUGGUUGCCAUCGGCAACAAGUACAAGAAGACAUCCGCUCAAGUGGCUCUGCGGUUCAACAUUCAGAGGGGCGUCGUAGUCAUCCCUAAAAGCUUCAGCCCGCAACGUAUUAAGCUGAACUUUCAGAUAUUUGACUUUUCUCUAACCGAAGAGGAAAUGAAAGCCAUCGAGGGACUCAACAAAAACAUCCGAUUCGUGGAGCUGCUCAUGUGGAGUGACCAUCCAGAGUAUCCGUUCCACGAUGAAUACUAACAGCCUCGAGACCUUCAGUAUAUCAUAGAAUCUAUUCCUGUACCACUUCGGGCCUACAGUUUCUCAAUAAAGAAAAACUGCAAUAAACAACCAA